CCACCAACAGCCCUACCUCGAAUAUAAACAAUCAACAAUAACAAAAUUGUUAUACGGUUUCUGUUAACGCCGCGAAUAUGACAAUUUUAUACAAAGUAGAGGGCAAGGAGUUCAGCAAGGACAGCGUUUUUCCGCAAAAGGUGGUCCUCUGCUCCGUUUCUGCGCGUAACAUCGUAGCAUUUAGCAGUUUGCAAAGCGCCAUUGUUCCAUCCGCGGCGGACGCCGGUGAUCCAGGAUCCAAUGUUAGUCUUGGAGCCAGCAACAGCCAUGUGUAUGUGUGCGACAUAGUGACACCCUGGGAAUACUACAAGGUGUGCUCGUCCAAAUCCCUGAUCAGCGUCCUUCAAUGGAGUCCCAAUGGCGAGCAGCUACUCAUGGGCUAUAUUGGAGGCCGAGUCGAAAUAUGGCAGCCAAGGAACCAGUCCAUCAAUAUGUGGCUUCUGCAAUUCCAUGCCAACGUGCCCAGCGAGGAUAUCAUACAGGCGCAGUUCUUCCACAACGGCAAGGGCGUUAUCUUCAAUCCUCAAAAGAAGGACCACACCUACUAUGCGGAAAAGUUUGAACGCUUGGAGCACCGGCCCACACUAGCAGGAUUUGGGAGUGUAGCCAGCGAUGGGUGCUUACUCCUUACCUCAUCCGGUUUACUGGCCGCCUUCAGUAUGCCCCAGUUGCAGAGGGCUUCCGCAGGACUGGGUCCUGUUGAGACCCCAUAUCCCGAGAUUCAGGAACUGACGCCCACGCUUCACAGCAUCGGUAUCUCGAGGAGCUUUAUCGAACACUGCAGCAUGACACCCAGUCCAUCGGGAGCUGUGAAUGUGGCGUUUAGUUGCGGAUGGCAGCAGCAGCUGGUACAGUGCUUCAAAGUCUCCCUAUCUUUGGAAGGAGAACUGGGUCUGGAGCAGCAUCUGGCCAUUAAGUCAGAGUCCCAAGCUAGCAUAUUUCUGGGCCCCCUGGACGGACGAAAAAUCACCCACAUAAAGUGUACACGGGUGGCAAACGAGGAUGUAAUCUUCAUCGCGUAUGCCUGUCCGGACGGAGCAGGAAGCCAGCUGGAACAGUGGACGCUUACACGCCGUCGCCAGAACGUCCAUGCCUUGCUCCAAGGAUCAAACGCCAAACCAAACGAGUUUGUACAGUCCGAGAGUUGGGAGCAGGUGGCUAAGGCGCAUCUGAACGCCUCUUUGGCGGAUAUUUGUGUUACCCGGCUCGCGGUGUCCUCGGCCGACUCUUGUCAGGUGUACGCGAUCCUGCAGGACAACAGUGUCCAGGUGUUGGAAGCCAACUCCCUGAAGCAUAUCAACCACACUCAAUUUGAAAAGGUGUCCGACGCCAGUGGUGGAGUGAGAUUCGUAAGCGGCGACUUGACACCAACUAGCCAAAUGCUCUUGCUUUUCGAUAGCCAUGCUCAGCUGCACGCGAUGCAGGCUCCGCUAAUCAAGCAAACUGGAGCUGGCCUGCUUCUGCUGGAGUACUGCAUUGUCACCGGAUGCGACGCCAGUGAUGUUCUCCUUUUGAAUCUUGGGAAUUUGGAGAUGCUAGUGGAAAAGCUCACAGACAAUUUCACCCGACAGCCCUCAUAUGUCCGGCACUACUACUACUCUAACUUUUUGGCCCUCAAGUCCAAUCUGUGUCGAGUGCAACAGCAGGAGUUCGACAACCUGAUCAUCUUGCAUGCCAUUUCGACAACGUUCAAGAGCUUGCUGCGACCGUCCGACCUGGGCAGCCAAGACAAAGGGCCCGCCGAUAAUUUAGCCAUGAAACUGGCAGAAUCCAUUCCCGACGUGGACACCGUCAUGCUGAAUUUAGACGCCAAAGACUUCACCGUAGAGCCCGUAAUGCUUCAAAGCCUGCAGCAGUUAAUUCAGUGGGUCACGGACCUGGCCCUCAACAUGCUCCACCGACUUCCAGAGGAGGUGAUGAAGUGCAAACUCUCCGGCAAGCGUCCUAGCUACGACAUCAGCCGGGACAUCGUCGCCAUUGGCAGCCUGCGCGAGUUGCUGGUCAUGAUUCGCAUCUGGGGCCUGCUUAAUACCCAGUGUCUUCCAGUCUACACCAAGUUAAUGGACAACAUUGACGUGCUGGUCAUUCUGUUUCGCCUGCUCACUCGCUUGGCCCAGAAUCCUGCCGAGCCUGAUGAGCUUUUGCUGGACGAGUGCAGUCUCCUGUCCAAGCAGCUGCUUAUACCUCAACCCAGCAAGUUUACCCCAACAACGUUGUUGAGUGCCCAGGGUUUCGCGGCCGUAAAGUCGGGCCAGCUCCAGUUCACCUCGCUGGUCGAGCCUUCCUGUCUGCAGGACAUGGAAACGGAGGAUGUCGUUUUCGCCAGGUCGGUGAAGGACGGUGUAAGUAACCUCCAGCUGGGGGCCCGGCCAAGCACCAUCCGUCGUUGUGCCCGUUGUGGGUUCGUGUUUGUGAAUAAUGCCAGCAAAGUGGCGAAGACAUCUGCCCUGAAAGCUUGGUUCAGUAAGUGGCUUCAUUGUCAUUGCGGCGGAUUUUGGAAGCAAAAUCACUAGAAAGAGUAGGAAGUAGAUUAUA